AUGCCGACCCCGACAAUCCCAGGCGCAGGGAGCAACCGGCAGGUGACCGGGGACACGGAAGCGGAGUCGAAUCUGGAGGCAUCAGAGUUCCGGAGCAUUGCCAUCGAGGUACCUCCGAACCACGUUCAAGAGGUGGAAGAAGGGCUGCAGCAACUUCGUCGGCAGUUCGAAGCAGAGAUGCGAAGCUUCACGGCACGCUUAGGGACUGUCGAAAGACAGCUCGGCGUUCCAGAGACGCAGAAUCCCACCUCUCAAGAUACAGCGCCGGACAACUGCUCCGAAGACGAGAUGGAAGAUAGAUCCACGCCUGUGCGCUUUGAAGAGAGUGCGUGGAACAUCCCCCUGGUCCUUGGUCUGGCAGAUGUGGGUUGGUUUGACAACGUCUUUGCAAUGCUACUAGUGCUGCUGAACCUGCUGAUGCAAGGGUCGUUUACACAAAUUCUGUUGUCGGAAUACUUCAUGGGUGAUCCGUUCGAGACGAAAUUGCAGAGCGCGAAGACAUGGCGGACAAGCAUAGCUCAUGACUCUCGUUACCUGGACCUGGCCGGAACGAGCCUUGUUUCUCGCGUGUGUGCUGGCGAUGGGUCUUUAAUCCUUUCCACGGUCCAGGCCACGCUUGUGGAGCAAAUUAACGAUUUCUUGGGCUUGCAGGAGACGGAAUUUGCAUUCAACUUCUGGCAGCCGGGCACUCUUCUGUGCAUGUUGUGUAUAUUGCUGUGGAGCUUGUGCGUCUACAAGGAGUUCAGGAAGAUCUGGCAUGCACUGGAAGCCGCCGCUUCCCUGCCCAAGGCCAGUGCGACGGACUUCCGCGGCAACAGGAUUCACUGCCUGUCCUGGGGUCGUGCCCUGGCACUGCUGAUCACGUACUUCAUCCGCGCAGGCAUCGCCUCCGUGCUGCUGGUGGCCGGAAUCCUAUGGCUGGCGAGGACAACGUCCAUCGAGGAGCUGAUGCUGAACUCGGUUGCUUUGAACGCCAUCUUGGAUGUGGAUGAGUUCCUCUUCGAGGGCAUGACACCUAUCAAGAUCCAGCACGCGAUACGAAGUGUCGAGCCCAUCAGCGUCAAGUAUUCGCACCGGCGUAGCCAGGUGGAGUCCAUGGUGCAUUUCCUGGCGGUGUUAGCAACGGUUCUGGCUUCGUAUCUGUUCCUCCUCGUGCCUCUCUGCGAAACGAUGAUGACAGUCAAACGUGAGCUGUGCGAUGGCCAGAGAGACUUCGUGGUCGCAUACAGCACGGAGACGCAGAUCUCAUGGGGCUUGGAAACAGAGGCCAUUGGGGAGGUGCGAGACGCCUAUGAGCUGUCGCCCAUCGAGCAAGCUGUUAUGUCUCACAAAGGCACGCCUUCGAGUCAAUUGCAGGCUUGGCCUUGGACCAUCAUGUUCUCAGUGAACAGGCGAGCCUUCAACACCGACAUUGAUCGCUCGACCUCGAAUCUGGGCACGCUUUUCCCCUUCUGCGUCGAGACGGCAGUCUUGAAGGAGACCGGCCCACUCCACCAGGACCCGGCCCUGCAGCCGGUCUUGGGGAGCAUUGUCCGGAAUGCAGCUGCAUCACUUGGGCGAUCGAACGCAACGACUUGUGCAGAGCUAGCCGACCUGUGCAGCAUGUCAGAUGCCCGACUGCUCCGCGUGGCAUGUGGCGAGACCUGCGGCUGCACGGACCUGCGAAGUUCCGCGUGGCACAAGGUGGAGGCGCAGGGGUGCAGCAAGCGCUGCCUGGCCGAAGCAGAAGUCAAGCUUCAAACCAUCUCCUGCGAUGAUGAUGUCAUCAACGAUGCUGGUUGGCAAGCAUUCUGGCAUCAGUAUGAAGACGCCCUCAUCGGAUACUACGGAGAAGGCAUCGCUCUGACCACGCUUUUCGCUCUGGCAAACGAUACAGCCCGGGGCUUUUUGUCUGAUGGGUGCCAGUACAUGGAGAGAGUUCCUUCUGAGCUCCUGACGGGCGUUUCCUGGUGCGACGGCCAGCCGCAGCUGUUCCGGCCUUUAGCCUCCAUGUGCCCAGUCCAGUGUGGCUGCCGCGAUGGACGGCCGGCAACUUUGCCGAACGGUUUGCCGAGCUACUGCCCCAGCAGCUGCUCAAACAGCACGCCCCGUUGA